GUAACAGUCUGCGUAUUUGUAUGUAAACAAACUAUUGAAAUGCCGAAGCGAAAAAUCGACGAAGUUGACGAUAAUUACUCUCGAUCGAGUAAUUAUCGUUUUUUGCUGCAUGUGCCGCCAGCUCUAGCGAAGAAAGCAUCAGCGAUUCUGAAAAUGAAAGCAGUGAUAGCAGUCACAUCGAUUCAUGUUCCUCGGGCAGCAAGUCAAGCAGCGACCGAAAUUCUUAUUCUCAUACCUCGUGCGUCAACAGCACGAUUUCGGAUCGAGGAAACGUUGAGGCGCAGCUUUAUUCCGAUGAUAACCUCGACGGUGAUAACUAUAACCAAGAUGAAUACGCGGUCGGAGCUAAACACAAUCUUCAUCAGGACACUUCAUCUGAUGAUGCGGUUAACGACGACGCAAGUUCAUCAGAAGAGGAGCCGGAAGAUACCUCGGAAGAAGACGAAUCAAGCAUAGAAAGCGAAGAUCUCGGCGAAGAUAACGUAUUUGUGGAUGCCGCUGAUCAACCGGUAUAUCCAGGUGCUCCGCUAUCGGUCGCAGAAGGUAUUCUGUCAAUUUUUACUGUUGUUUUGCGUUGUACUUGAGUAACCGGUGUACUUCUAUCGAGUAUAUUAUCGCUCAUAUCAUUGCAUUGCAUUCAGCCAAAUAACUGCGUUAAAACAUUGUAUAAGUUGAAAAAUUUUUUUAGUGAUAUUAAUGCGCCACUUAAGAAGCAUUAUUACUGCUCUGAAUGUUUUUCUAAAUUGAAUGUACAAUUUUGUAAUAGAUGUAACAGUCGCGACAA